AUGAGAAUUAGCAUGUAGUAUUUAGUUGGAUGGAUAAUGGAACGUGACUGAAGCAGAUAAUCAUCACAUAAGUGUCAUAGACAAAUUAUUUCUUUAGAAUCGAAGAAUGGAACUCCAAGACAUAUAUUACAAUAAGGCAGAAUACGUUGAGACGGCAUCGGGCAACAAGGUGAGCCGCCAGACAGUUCUGUGUGGAUCACAGAAUAUAGUCUUGAGUGGCAAAGUAAUAGUGCAAUCAGAUGCUAUUAUACGUGGAGAUCUUGCCAACGUACGUGCUGGCCGUUAUUGCAUCAUCAGCAAGCAUGCAGUUAUUCGACCACCAUUCAAAAAAUUCAGCAAAGGUGUGGCAUUCUUUCCCCUUCACAUGGGUGAUCAUGUUUUUGUUGGUGAACGAUCUGUAGUAAAUGCUGCUGUUAUUGGUUCAUAUGUCUACAUUGGCAAAAACUGUGUGAUUGGUCGUCGAUGUGUUCUCAAGGACUGCUGCGUCAUUGAAGAUAACACAGUUUUGCCACCAGAGACUAUGGUACCCUCUUUUACCCAGUAUGGAGGGUCUCCUGGUGUCUGCAUUGGGGAACUACCUGAAUGUAUGCAGGAACUAAUGCUGGACUACACACGCAACUAUUAUCAGCAUUUCCUGCCAGCAAAAUGAACUAACAGUUUUCAUACAUACUUUCAUUUCCAUACAGUCAGCUGACAGACAUAAUACAGCGGCUUAAUUCAGUGCUUUCAUCCCACAUAUUGGAAGCACUGGCAUACCCUCCACGCCAGAUUUUUGUUUUGUAAAUAUUAAAAUAUGUAUUUCAAGCUUU